CCUUGUAUCGUGAAAGUUUAUUAUAGUAGUGAAGCAGCUGAUUGCCAAAUCGGAUUAUAAUUGGUUGUUAUUACUUGAUUUAUAAAAGAAUAUACUUUUGUAAACAUUUCAGAAUCGUUAUGCAAAAAUCUUGACUAUGAAGCUUUAUUGAUUUAGCUUCUCAAAAGGAAAUUUGAGUGAAUACUGUAGGAAAAUAUAGAUUUCGUCAAACAUUCCAGCUUUAUGUUCGUCUCACAAAAUGUCUCUUUACAAGAUAAGAGUUGCUGGCCUGGAGGACAUCAUUCAACAAGAUGAAAUUGAUAUGAAAGCUCUCCGAGAUUUUUGCUUUUAUGGAAUUCCGGAUUGCAGCGGUCUCCGAUCGCUUUGCUGGAAGCUCUUGUUAGGUUAUCUAGGACCCAAACGGAACACUUGGUCUAGUACGUUAGCUAAAAAACGUGAACUGUACAAACAGUUUAUAGAAGAAAUGGUCAUUCCACCUGGUGAACAGAAUGGAGAAAGUUGUGUGGAUCAUCCGCUUAGUGACGGACCCGAAAGUAACUGGAACACAUUUUUCAAAGACAACGAAGUACUGCUCCAGAUCGACAAGGACGUUAGGCGACUGUGUCCGGAUAUUUCAUUUUUUCAACAGGCCACGGAAUUUCCUUGCGAAUCUGUCGUUAACUAUAAUCGAGAACGAAAGCUUCAUGUAAGGGUCGCUCCAAGUACACUCAGCUCUGCAAAUGUAGAGCGAAAAGGCCUGGGCGUCACUAAGAUAAACUUGAUCACGAAACGUGCAACAGAGAGCUACGAAGCUAUGGACGAAGGCCGUGAAGCACACUGGGAAGUUGUUGAAAGAAUUCUUUUUCUGUAUGCAAAGCUCAAUCCAGGUCAAGGUUAUGUACAGGGUAUGAAUGAAAUAAUCGGGCCCAUCUACUACGUUAUGGCUUCAGAUCCAAACCUCGAAUACAGACAAUACGCGGAAGCUGAUUGUUUCUUCUGUUUUACGGCUCUCAUGGGAGAAAUAAGAGACUUUUUCAUCAAAACUUUGGACGAAUCGGAAGGCGGUAUCAAAGGGAUGAUGGCCAAGUUGUCCAACAUGUUGAAGGAUAAAGACUGCGAAGUGUGGAACCGGUUAAAGGAUCAGGAGCUUUAUCCGCAAUACUAUAGUUUCCGUUGGCUAACACUGUUACUGUCGCAAGAAUUUCCACUGCCCGACGUUCUACGAAUUUGGGAUUCGGUUUUUGCCGAUGAAAACCGUUACGAUUUUCUGGUAAAAGUCUGCUGCGCGAUGAUAGUAUUACUUCGGGAUCAAAUUUUAGACAAUGACUUUGCUUGUAAUGUCAAGCUGCUGCAAAACUUCCCUCCAAUGGAUAUUAAAAUUGUGUUGAAAAAAGCAUCCAGCCUCGAUUGAAUGAAGUUUUUUCUCAGUUUUUAGAGUCUCUCUUUGCAUUGUAUAUUUUGCAUGGAAAUUUAUCAAAAAAGUACCACUCUUUCACAAGCUAUACAUUUUUUUAACAUUAGAAUGAUGAGCAUAUCUCUUUUUGAAGCUAUGAAAAACGUAAAA